GUGAGGAUUUAUUGCAACUUAUGUUGGGGUUCUUUAAGCGCUGUUGCCUCCGAGGUCCACCACAUGUGGAGGACACGAUGGGAAGCAGUGGAUAAAAGUCAUGGGGAAAUGAAUUCUUCCCCUUACGAGCCCAUUUCAGAUGUGUGUGGUUAGUGACAGUCUCCAGAUGCUGAGGCACCUGUAUCCUCUUCCCAGGCCGGUGCUGAGCUGCAGUUGGAGUAGAUUGCGUCUUCUGAAGCGACACCUGUUUACAAUGAAGUUGCAGUCUCCAGAAUUCCAGUCACUUUUCACAGAAGGAUUGAAGAGCCUGACGGUGCCACGGAGGUCAGAAGAGGGUGUUGGAUUCACCUGGAACUGGAGUUAAGGACACUUGUAGCUGUCAUGUGGGUGCUGGAAGUCAAUCCUGAGUUCUCUGCAAGAGUAGUCAGUACUCUUAACCACUGAGCCAUCUCUCCAGUCCCAAGAAUGAUCUCUUAAUGCAAUGCUCAGCAAUUAGAAAAUCAAAAUUAUUUGUCAAGGAGAAUCAUGAAUUAAGAAUAGCAGGUGGAGCAGUGAGGGACUUACUAAAUGGGGUAAAGCCUCAAGAUGUGGAUUUUGCCACCACUGCCACCCCCACUCAGAUGAAGGAGAUGUUCCAGGCAGCAGGCGUUCGCAUGAUAAACAACAAAGGAGAGAAGCAUGGAACAAUUACUGCCAGGCUUCAUGAAGAAAAUUUUGAAAUUACUACACUCCGGAUCGACGUCACGACUGAUGGAAGACAUGCUGAGGUAGAAUUCACAACUGACUGGCAGAAAGAUGCUGAACGCAGAGAUCUCACAAUAAAUUCUAUGUUUCUAGGUUUUGAUGGUACCUUGUUUGAUUACUAUAAUGGCUAUGCAGAUUUAAAAAACAAGAAAGUUCGAUUUGUUGGAAAUGCUAAACAGAGAAUCCAAGAAGAUUAUCUUCGAAUUCUAAGAUAUUUCAGGUUUUAUGGCAGAAUUGUCAAUGAACCUGGUGACCAUGACUGUGAGACUCUGGAAGCAAUUGCUGAAAAUGCCAGAGGCUUGGCUGGAGUAUCAGGAGAAAGGAUUUGGGUGGAACUGAAGAAAAUUCUUACUGGUGACCAUGUAAAUCAUUUGAUCCACCUGAUGUAUGACCUUGAUGUGGCUCCUCAUCUUGGUUUACCUGCUAAUGCAAAUUUAGAAGAAUUUAACAAAGUUAGUAAAAAUGUUGAAGGUUUUUCACCAAAGCCAAUGACUCUUUUGGCCUCUCUAUUCAAAGUACAAGAUGAUGUCACAAAACUGGAUUUAAGGUUGAAGAUUUCAAAAGAAGAGAAAAACCUGGGUUUAUUUAUAGUUAAAAACAGGAAAGACUUGAUUAAGGCAACAGAUAGUUCAGAACCAUUGAAACCCUAUCAAGACUUCAUUAUAGAUUCUAGGGAACCGGACGCGACUGCCCGUGUGUGCGAACUGUUGAAGUACCAAGGAGAGCACGGUCUUCUCAAGGAGAUGCAGCAGUGGUCUGUCCCGCCCUUUCCUGUGAGUGGACACGACAUCAGGAAAGUGGGCAUUUCUUCAGGAAAGGAAAUUGGGGCUCUGUUACAGCAGUUGCGGGAACAGUGGAAGAAAAGUGGUUACCAAAUGGGAAAAGAUGAACUUCUGAGUUACAUAAAGAAGGCCUAAAAUGGGCUCUGUGAAACAGUGGGGAAUUUGAUAAGAUUGGCUCUUUUUCCAUUUCAUAAAUCCUAAGAAACAACAGCAAGCUUAAACCCAGCAUAGAGAUAUUACCAAGGGAUUGUAUUUCACUAAGUUGAAGCCUACCUCUUUAAUGUAGUUUAGAGCUCUGAAUUUUCUAGUUCUUUCAGAAUGGUACCUAGUAAGAAAAGCAUAGUUGGUUAAGCUAAGUAUUGCUUUUGCAUGGGAAAACAGUAAGGUUGACCUUAAAGUGUGUUUAAAAUAACAGACUACUUAGAAUAUGUUGUUUCUGUCCUUACCUAACUUACACAGAGGAUUUAUUCAGAUUUUGUUGUGUGCAAAGCUAAAUGUUACUGUAAAACUUGAGAGUUGUUGAGGCUAUUUGGGAUACAUCAGGUAAUAGUAAUACUCCUGU